AUGAAGGAGGAGAGCUUGGCCCGAGCCAAGAAAAUUGAGGAGCUCGAGGUUCGGUUGGCCGCUGUGCUUGCAAAAGCCACAUCUGAGGCAGAAAGAGUAAAGGUUGAUGCGGAGGCGGUCGUGGCCGUCUACCGAGCUGAUGCUGAAGCCGCUCAUGCUCAAGCAAAGGAAAUUUCCGAUGCUGCUCCGGUUCGAUCAUUCUGCGUUGCUGAGCAUGCCAAGUGCCAGUCUUGGAGAGAGACUCUCGAGGAGAUUCAUGCUCGCGGCUUUGACCUUACUGUCGAUAUCGAGAAUGCCAAGGUGCUAGAGGCCGAAGCCAAAGCUUUGCUCUCUGAUGAUGAUGCUUCUAGGAGCUCGAGUGGAUCCUAA